UGAACUCACCCAUUAGAAAAAAUUCCCAUAGAGAAAAAGAGAGAGCAUUCUAGAGAGAGAAGGAACGAUGAAGCCGCAGCCGGUGGACUAUUUUGUGGACAUGGAGGAGCAAGGCGGAUCCACCGUGGCGAUGGACGUGGACGACGUUGAAGCCUUAGAGAUGUUCGGCGAGGGUCCAAUCUCGAUGGAACUCCACCGCCUUGCCGAUUCCGACUUCUUCAACUCUUUCCAGGAUGACUUCGACGACUCUGACAUCAACUAAAACUGUGUACUUUGCUAUCUUCUCCUGUCUAUUCCAUGUUUUUAGCAAAUUAAGCCGUUGAUUCACUAUGUUGUCAAGAAAUUUGGAACGUGUAUUGAAAAAAUAUGACUUUGCUAUAUGGAAAUUUAAAUAAAUGUUCAGUCAAUUCUUGCUUGCUUUUUUA